UGACGUUCGUUCCUUUCCGCCGCACGUGUCCGUCCGUGCCGCCAUGGCGCUGUACCGCGCUGCCGCCGCCGUGCUGAGCGGGAUGGAGCGCGGCGAGGGCGGCAUCAAGAGCCUCGUGUACGGCAGCGACUUCCCGCGCGCCCGGCAGCUGUACGCGCUGGUGGCCGAGACGCUGCGCUACGGGCCGGUGCUGGACGCGCUGCUGGACGGAGCCGAGAUGCUGCGUGUCGAGAAGAAACUGCCGCUGCCGCUGGCCAAGGUGCUGGUGUACGACCUGCUCUUCGGGAAGGGCCUCAAGUGCGGCGGGCGCUGGAAGGCGCUGGCCCGGCGGCACCGCGCGCGGCUGGAGGCGGAGCUGGCCCGGCUGAAGGUGCGGCGCGGGGUGAGCAGCAACGAGCAGCUCCUGCAGCCCGAGUCCGGAACCGGCCCGGAAGCUCCGCAGGUGCCGCGGUACGUCCGGGUCAACGUGCUGAAAACGCGCGUGGACGACGUGGUGGAAUUCUUCAAGCGCCAGGGAUUCGCCUUCCUCGGCACGGCCGGCAGCGUGGAAGACCUGAAAAGCCUUUCUGGGAAGAAAUUCUUGUUGGAUCUUCACCUCCCGGAGCUGCUCGUUUUCCCUCCGCAGACGGAUUUCCACGACAACCGGCUCUACACAUCGGGACACAUCAUCCUGCAGGACAAGGCCAGCUGCUUACCAGCCUUCCUCCUCAGCCCUUCUGCUGGCUCCCAUGUGAUCGAUGCUUGUGCAGCCCCUGGGAACAAAACCAGCCACCUUGCUGCCAUCCUGCAGAACAAGGGGUGUAUCUUUGCCUUCGAUGUGGACACGAAGCGCCUGGCUACCAUGAACACCAUGCUGACGCGGGCAGGGGUCACCAGCUUCAAGCUGGCCCAGCAGGACUUCCUGACAGUUGAUCCCCACGAUCCUAAGUACAGCAAAGUAAAAUACAUCCUCCUGGACCCGUCGUGCAGCGGCUCAGGGAUGGUGGCCCGGCUGCCGCUGGAGGAGGCUGCCCCCAGUGCAGAGCGGCUGCAGGCGCUGUCUGGCUUCCAGCGCAGGAUCCUGAGCCACGCGCUUCGCUUCCCGGCGGUGCAGCGCCUGGUUUACUCCACCUGCUCCGUGCACCGGGAGGAGAACGAGGACGUGGUGCACGCGGUGCUGCAGGAGCUGGGGUCGGCCUUCAGGCUGGUGAACGCGUUCCCAUCCUGGCCCUGCCGAGGACUCGCUGCCUUCCCAGGAGCUGAGUGCUGCCUCCGCGCCUCUCCUGCAGACACACUCACACAGGGCUUCUUCGUGGCCGUCCUGGAGCGCUGCGGGGAGGAAGCUGCUGUCCCCAGCUCCCUGCCUGCAACUGCUGAAGAGAACCUACAACAGGAAGAGGGAGCAGAGCCAGGAGCAGCUCCUCCCAAGAAGAGGAGGAGGAAAAAGCAGCGUGUGAAGGCGUAAAUUGUGGGAGCACGCAGUGCCUUGUUGGGGCUGUUCUCUGGUGCUGAGCUGGGCUGUGGUCCUAUUACUGAGUAAUAGAAAUAAAGCUCCGCACCAGCUGA